UAAAAAAGUAAAUUCCCCCUCGUGUUGUGUUCGUCUUCGAUAUCCUCUCGACAGUGAGAGAGAGAAGCUGCCUGCUCCGCCACCCCCAGACCAGAGGGGCAACUUCCAGAAGCUUCGAGAAGGGCCUCUCCUCCCCUCCCUCCCUUUGGGGCACAAGUACCAAGGGGGCAUGCAGUAGAGCAGAGGAGAGAUGGACGACUAUGCGCGGGAGAUGAUGGAGCUCAAGACGCUCGUCACCCGCACCCUCGAGAAGAAGGGCGUCCUCGCCAAGAUCAGGGCUGAGCUGAGAGCAAGUGUGUUUGAGGCCAUAGAAGAGGAGGAUCGUGUGGUAGAGAAUGACGAUGGUGGGAAUCCAGCUUUGCUUGGUAGCUGCAAUGACAGAGCUAAGCAAUUGCAUGCUUCACCUUCAGGUAGGUUAUUAACAGCGCUUGUAUGCGAAUACUUGGAGUGGGCCCAGCUAAGUCAUACAAUGAAAGUUUACUUGCCAGAAUGUAAUCUGCCCAAGGACUUUUGGAAGAAUGAACUGAAGGAUUUUUCUAACAAAAGUGGAGCUGAAGGGAUCAGGAGUGCUGAAAGUGGUCCCAUGCUUUUAGAUGUUCUCGAAGGAUAUCUGAAAUAUGAGAAUUUGUCCCAAACAAGGAUGGGCGGUAGGAGAAUGAUCUCUUCUGAGUCUGAUCCAGCACUAAAUGUUGAACAUCGGAACAUGAGGAGGCCGCCGUCAUCUUCAGUUGGGAGCCUGCCUCCAAUGGGGAGGCCAAUCUCAUCAUCACAGACAUCAGACCGAAGAGGGGGUUCUUCAGCUUCCAAUACGAGGAAAGAUGAGUACAACUGGAGAUAUGAUGCCGAUGAUAUAUCUGAAGAGGUACUACAGGCAUCAGCUGCUCUAGAAAAUGUCCAAUUAGACCGGAAAUCUCGCAAUCUGCCAACAUCUUGGAGGCAUUCAGGGGAUGGUAGCACGUAACAAGAAUGUUAUACUGCAGUCCAUCGUAACAAGUGUGGCUUUGAGUUGGUUGUAGGCUUGGUUGGUUGACCUCCUGACCUUGUAUUCUCUGUACCGUUUGCAGUGCUACGAUGCCACGCUUUGAGUGCGAGAGCUUUUAGACAGAGAUGCUAGGUAAAUUAUGCAUGGUUUGUAAGAAAGAAAGAAACAAAUAUUGCUGUUUAAGGCCAGGAUAUUCGAUUUGAUAAGAUUAUGGUUUGAUAACAAUCAAAUAGUCCGAGUUCCAGUUCGAA